GGGGCGGGGCCUGUCAGCAUCCUGGCUGCGGUGUUUGCGUCCCUCAUUGAGCUCCAAGACGAGGCGGCUGAAAGGAAUCACAAGAAAGGAGGGCGGCACUGACAGCCAGGAGGUGCCAGGCAAGGACGGCAGUUCAUGCGGGCCCCAGUCGCAGGCGUAUGGUGAGAGUCAGCAGGUGAGCUGAAAUGGCCCAAGUGCUGCACAUGGACCCUGGUUUCCCAGGGAAGCUCAGCUCGCCGGCCCCCCCGUCUUCGCACGGCAAGGAGCAGGAGGCGCCCUACUCCGUGGAGACGCCCUACGGCUACCGUCUGGACCUGGACUUCCUCAAGUAUGUCAACGACAUAGAGAAGGGCAACACCAUCAAGAAGGUGCCGAUCCAGCGGCGUCCGCGCUACGGCUCGCUGCCCCGCGGCAGCUAUGGCUACACGGGCUCCUGGUGGACGUCCACGGAGUCCCUGUGCUCCAAUGCCAGCAUGGACAGUCGCCACUCCUCCUACUCCUACUGCGCCCCAGGCUACCACAGCACACAGAGGCCCGGCUUCAGCAGCGCCCGGGUGGAGAAGACCCUGCUGGAUGCGCGCAGGAAGCUGGAGGAGGAGAAGGAAGGGAGGAGGUUCUCCAACCUGGGCAGCAUGCACAGCAGCAUGGCGGGCUCCAACACCUCCAUCAGUAGUGCCCAGAGCUUCAACCGAGCCCAGGGGGGGGGGGGAACCUUCACUCCCCUGAGCUCCGGCCUCUCCACCCCGGUCACGCCCACCCCGGCCCACCUGCAGCACGUCAGGGAGCAGAUGGCCGCCGCCCUCAGGAAGAUCCGAGACCUGGAGGAGCAGGUGAAGACCAUACCUGUCCUCCAGGUGAAGAUCUCUGUGCUCCAGGAAGAGAAGCGGCAGCUCAGCGUCCAACUGAAGAGUCAGAAGUUUCUGGGCCACGCCAUGAGUUUUAAUAGAGGUCGGAGCCGAGGGGAGCUUUACAUCGAUAUCCCGGAAGAAGAGGUGGACGCCAGGGCCAAGGGCGGAGACAAAGUGUCGGGGUUGAUGUCUCCCGCCACACCUGAGGGCUCCAAACAGGACUCUGGCUGUGAGAUUGAGGACACGGUCAUCGUGGCCGGAGCCAGACCGGACGCCAAGCGAGAGGUGCGCACCAUCGGGGUGGGACCGGAGGGAGGCGGGAGCAGCCGACAGGUGGGGGUCGGAGUCAGGGAGGUGGACCUGGGUCUGCUGCCGGAGGCCGAGGCUCUCAAGAACCAAGUGGUCCACCUGGAGGCUCAGCUGAGAAGAAUGAUGGAGCAGAUACAAGCCGCCUCCGCCCAGAAGGAAACGGGCCCCCGGGCGGAGACGGCGGUGAUGGCCACCAGCUCGGGCUGGCGGGAGCUGCAGGACGGCAACCUGCAGACCGUGGUCAGCUUCACCCAGCACAGGCAGCAGAGGACUGUGGGGGUCCAGGUCUACACGCUGGAGCAGCCCACCCUGCUGGAGGUGGGCUCUCCCAGGCGAGCGCUGAGCUGCAGCCCGCCUCCUUCUGCCGCCAUGGAGGCUCGCCUCGGAGGAGCAGCUGAAGCCUCCGCAGAAGCCGGGGCGGGCUCGCCAGUUGCCGUCAGCUCCAAGCAGGUCCGUGACGUCCUCAAGAGCGAGUUGUCCACCUCGGUGCUCAUAUCCAAGUCCGCCAUGACUGCCGGCAGCGCUGCCAGUCACACACCUGCCGGGGUGUAUUUCAAGGAGGAGGCCGCGCACCUUGACCGGAGUGCGGCGACUCUUCAGUGGCAAGAUGGCCACACCACAGCCUCGUCCCCCCAAUCGUCUCUGAGGUCCAUCAUGAAGCGGAAAGCGGAGGGGGAACCCGGCUCACCUUCCACCAAGAAGAACCUUCAGUUCAUUGGAGUAAACGGAGGCUACGAGUCGACAUCGUCAGAAGAGAGCAGCAGCGACAGCUCGGACGAAGAAAGCGACUCCAGCGAGUAUCACGAAGCGCGGGAAAAACUACCGGAGUCUGCAGCCGAGCACCCAGGGUCCUCCCCGCCUCUAGAGGGCAGCACCUGCAGAACAGCAUCCUCCCCACCUCUAGAGGGCAGCACCUGCAGAACAGCAUCCUCCCCACCUCUAGAGGGCAGCACCUGCAUAACAGCAUCCUCCCCACCUCUAGAGGGCAGCACCUGCAGAACAGCAUCCUCCCCACCUCUAGAGGGCAGCACCUGCAGAACAGCAUCCUCUCCACCUCUAGAGGGCAGCACCUGCAGAACAGGCUCCUCCCCGCCUCUAGAGGGCAGCACCUGCAGAACAGGCUCCUCCCCGCCUCUAGAGGGCAGCACCUGCAGAACAGGCUCCUCCCCGCCUCUAGAGGGCAGCACCUGCAGAACAGCAUCCGUGCAUUACGCCUCUCAGCCAGCAACAAGGGACCAAAGUGUACUUUCCCCGUUGAGCGAGGCUGCAGCAAGUGCCUCCAAGACCUCCCCGCCCGGUGCCAGCCUUGCCCCCGAGGGUCCUGCCUGCCAGGAGAGUGUGAGCAUGGUUGCUGGGCAGCAGGUGACAGACAGCAGCAGCCAAUCAGAGUCAGCGUGUGAAAGCACGCCCCCAGAAGAAGUCCGGCUGGACCUCAGCGACAGUCUGAUGUCGGCGCUGCACCGCCUCCAGGAAGUCCUGGGAGAGCACAAUGCCUUCAGCCAGCCGGGCGCCAGGCAGGCGUACACCAGCGUGCUGCAGGAGUGGCUGCGUGUUUCCUGCCACAAAGCGGCGGACGUGGCGACAGUCAGAGCCUACAUGGACGCCUUCGCCGCCGUCUCCCCUCAGCUGCUGCACUUUGUCAUCAACAUGGCGGACGGCAACGGGAACACGGCGCUGCACUACACCGUCUCGCACUCCAACUUCCCUGUGGUCAAGCUGCUCCUGGACACUGGUUUGUGUUGCGCUGACCGGCAGAACAAGGCGGGCUACACGGCCAUCAUGCUCACCGCUCUGGCCGCCUUCCACUCGGAGCGCGACCUUCACACCGUCCUGCAGCUCCUGCGCACGGGCGACGUCAACGCCAAGGCCAGCCAGGCGGGUCAGACGGCGCUGAUGCUGGCGGUCAGUCACGGCAGGGGGGACAUGGUGCGGGCCCUCCUCUCCUGCGGGGCCCAGGUCAACAUCCGCGACGAUGACGGCUCCACGGCGCUGAUGUGCGCCUGCGAGCACGGCCACGUGGACAUUGUGCGCCAGCUGCUGUCGGCGCCCGGCUGUGACGCCACGCUGACUGACAACGACGGCAGCACGGCGCUCUCCAUCGCUCUGGAGGCCAGCCAGAACCACAUCGCCGUGCUGCUCUAUGCUCACCUCAACUUUGCAAAGCCUCCUUCACCUGUUUCACCAAAGUCUCCUCUCCUGGCUUCCUCGCUUCCUUCUGCCGGUGAAAGCAAGUAGAAGUCCAGGACACUUUGAUCUUUUUCACACCGCAUCAUUUCUAGCAUGAACAACUAAGGUCCACAUUUCUACACAACUAAGGUCCACAUUUCUACACAACUAAGAUCCACAUUUCUACACAACUAAGGUCCACAUUUCUACACAACUAAGGUCCACAUUUCUACACAACUAAGGUCCACAUUUCUACACAACUAAGGUCCACAUUUCUACACAACUAAGGUCCACAUUUCUACACAACUAAGGUCCACAUUUCUACACAACUAAGGUCCACAUUUCUACACAACUAAGGUCCACAUUUCUACACAACUAAGGUCCACAUUUCUACACAACUAAGAUCCACAUUUCUACACAACUAAGGUCCACAUUUCUACACAACUAAGGUCCACAUUUCUACACAACUAAGGUCCACAUUUCUACACAACUAAGGUCCACAUUUCUAGACAACUAAGGUCCACAUUUCUAGACAACUUCCAGCAUGAAGAACUCAAGUCCAGUCCACACUAACAACAUGAAGUCACAUGUCCAACUCAAGUGUCCUUGAUCCCUUGUGUCCGCUCGCUCUGAACUGCACUGUGCUGUGGUGUGUGUGUGGUGUGUGUGGUGCACUACACUGCACUGUGGUGUGUGUGGUGCACUACACUGCACUGUGGUGUGUGUGGUGCACUACACUGCACUGUGGUGUGGUGUGUGUGGUGGUGCGGUGCGGUGCUACACAACUCACCGGUGCUACACAACUCACCGCUGAAACUCUUUCCUCCACACAAUUGUAUGCAGUGUAUUUUUGAGAGUUGCUGUUGAGGCCUGGAGUGAAUGUCUCAGAUAGUAAGUGUGGCCUGCAUCAAAGACUUUGCCUUUCCAUUUGUCAGGAAAGAGUUGCUUGGACAGGAGCAGAAAGGGUCUGCAAAGUUGUGCAAGACAAUACGUGUGGCCUGGUAGCUAAUAAUACGUGUGGCCUGGUAGCUAAUAAAACAACAGCCAUCUAAUUGGUGACGUUGCCAAUGCUUUUUAACCCCACAACUUUCAUAUUCACCUUUUCAGCAACUACAUUUUAUAAACAUGUUCUUAAUUUAACAGCCAUCUUUUUGAUACAGUAGGCUUUUUAAGCUCACGCCUAUUUUAUGUAACCUGCACAGCUUUUAAUGAAGCUCAAUGUGUACAAUUUGAGACUGUUUCUUCUAUCACGUGUGCAUUUGUUGGAAUAAUGAUGAAUAAAUACAGACUACACUGAC